UUUUACACUGCCAAUACAACAUAUCAUGUUUCCCCCCCCCAUUAACACUCCCCACAUCCCUCCGGUGGCCCGGCAUCUCCCGCACCACCUCGACUCCCAUGGUAAGUUCCUGGAAGUGUGCUAGAAACCUAUACCCCCUCGGUAGCGCGGCAAGCCGAGCCCUCAUCGGCGAUGAGGGUGGCCCGGUAGCACCGUGACAGCGUGCGCGGACGCCCAAAGGUCGUUUUGGGAAAUGAGGUGAGUAUGUAUGUACUGCACCUUACAUUUUCCUAAUAAGGAAGAAUCAAGAGAGACCCGUGGGCCCCUUGGUGUGCAGUGUCCACCCUUUAUCCAAGUAUCAAGCAUCCUAGCUAUCCAGACUGGGACUUUGGAUAUCUGCGUCUAACCCUAUGUCUUGCUUGGUCUUUGGGAUUGCUGCAUCUUGCUCCAACGGCGCUGGCCAUUACCCUAAAACGGGCUUGUCCGGCUAUAUUCCUGCAUUUGAAGCAAGAGCUGAUCACCAGCUGAAAGCGUUCGAGACUUGUAGACCACAUACUAGAAUACCCAUGAAUGGCGUACCCUAGCUACCUACGUUCUGAUCCUUCAACAAAGAGACUCGAAAAAUUCCUUGCACGCAAACCCCCUGCACAUAGCAAUGACUUCUUUGAGUGACUUCGAUUCAUGCAGAGCCGGAUAUCUCCGUGGCCCACUCCAUCCUCCAGCUCCCAGCUCUGGCAACCCGCCAACUGGUAAGAGUAUAUCGCCCCGUUGCCAAUAGAUUGCAGCUAGAAUAGUUCGAUCAAAAAGAGCCCAUUUCGUAGCAACCAGGGUAAAAAAUCUUCUGCCGUGAGCGCAAGGUCUA